ACAUAAAUAAGAACAUAAAUAAAAGACAGAUAGAGUUUGUGAAGACGCUGUAGUCUUCCAUAGCCACACCACAGAGCAAGCAUGGCAGCUAUGGCGUCCCCAGGCCGAGCCGCACCCUCGUCUGCUGCUUCUCCAUUCAGGCGCAUCUCCAUUGCACAACCGACCUUUAUUCGCGCGCCCCACUUUUCUCCCACAAUCCCGAAAUGCGAGCUGACGCAGCCGAUGAAUGGGGCGCCGACGCCGAGUGUUCCUGUUCUCAACGAUCAGAUAUUGCCGACGUUCCUACAAUCGAAGCGGUUGGAGAAUGCUGUGAACAAAAGUAGUAGUAAUCAAAUUAAGAUAUUCUCGGGCACAGCAAACCCUGCACUUUCUCAGGAAAUUGCAUGGUAUAUGGGCCUCAACCUAGGGAAAAUUCAAAUCAAACGGUUUGCUGAUGGAGAGAUUUAUGUUCAAUUGCAAGAGAGUGUUCGUGGCUGUGAUGUGUACCUGGUUCAGCCUACCAGUCCUCCAGCCAAUGAAAAUCUUAUGGAGCUUUUGGUGACAAUAGAUGCUUGCCGAAGGGCUUCAGCCAAGAAUAUAACUGCAGUAAUCCCGUAUUUUGGAUAUGCUAGAGCUGAUAGAAAGACCCAAGGACGUGAAUCCAUUGCAGCCAAAUUGGUAGCUAAUAUAAUAACAGAAUCAGGCGCAGAUCGUGUUCUUGCUUGUGAUCUCCACUCUGGGCAGUCUAUGGGUUACUUUGAUAUUCCAGUCGACCACGUGCACUGUCAACCUGUCAUCCUCGACUACCUUGCUAGCAAGAAGAUAAGUUCAAGUGAUUUAGUCGUUGUCUCCCCUGAUGUUGGGGGAGUUGCAAGAGCUCGUGCUUUUGCGAAAAAGCUAUCUGAUGCACCUUUGGCCAUUGUGGAUAAACGGCGUCAUGGCCACAAUGUUGCCGAGGUAAUGAAUUUGAUUGGUGAUGUAAAAGGAAAAGUUGCAGUUAUGGUGGAUGAUAUGAUCGAUACAGCAGGAACCAUUGCUAAAGGCGCCGCUUUAUUGCACGAGGAAGGUGCGCAAGAAGUCUAUGCCUGCAGUACUCACGCCGUUUUCAGCCCCCCUGCAAUUGAGAGGUUAUCUAGUGGCCUUUUCCAAGAGGUCAUCGUAACAAAUACUAUUCCGAUACCGGAGAACAACUAUUUCCCUCAGCUGACAAUUCUAUCGGUCGCAAACCUCUUGGGUGAAACCAUAUGGCGAGUUCAUGACGAUUGUUCGGUAAGUAGUAUUUUCCAGUGAUGAUCGAUCAAUGUGGUAUGAUAGUUUAAUUUAUUCAGCUGAUACAAGAGCUAAAGUAGAUUAAAAAAUGUUCGUUGUUGUCGCCAAUUCAUAUACUCUUUUUUACACCCUGUGUUCUUCAGUUUUUACUGCGCCUGCCCUCACCAACACCGUAGGUAUCGACGUUUUUUUUUUUUACCUUGUUGCUCGUUGGUAUAUGAUGAAAUCUACUAAUAAAAUAUAUGAUUGGUUUUAGUUAUAGUUUGAAUAAGAAAUUACAUGCACGGAGAUGGUUAGAGUGUUGAGUAGCCUUUAAUCAUUAGAUAAAUAAUUAUUUUUCACUAUAUAAUUUGAAUUAAAUCAGCAUGUGCUGUGUGGAUUAUUACUGCGUAUUGUUAAUUUAUAUUUAUAUUAUGUGUAAUUGUGUUAAAAAUCAAAUUG